GAUGGAAUACAUACGUAGGAAUCAAUGCUAUAGAAAUGAUUCUCGGUGUUGGUGAAGGAACUUUCGCGAUUUUAUUGGUUGCAUUUGUGGCUGUGUUGGUGGCUGUUGUGGGUAGCUACGUUUUUCCAAAUGCUAUGCUUUUUAUUAUUCUUGGAUGCCUUGCUCUCCCUUUUAGUGUGUAUGGGAUCCUAGUCACCGCACCCAGAGCCACAGCGAAGCAACCGUUGCCGCCCUCCCCGUAUCGAGAAUAUCAGCUACCCACAAACAGUGAUAUUAUUGAUAGCUUUAUGCCAGUGAGGAUUGCAGGCCUUAUUCUUUUUAGCCUUUCAAUAAUUGGUGGUAUCAUCUAUCAGCUAAUUCUGGUGAUUCGAUGUCCUCCUUAUGUAGUCCCCCGUGUGCGCUGUAUUCGAGAACAAUUAGAAAAACUUCAUCCGACCUGGUUUCGAUAGAUUCAACACCGGUUCUAAACAUAUAUAUAUAUAUAUAUAUAUAUAUACAAUAUGGGAUAGAAUAGCAAGAUUCAAAAAUAUAGACAAGAAAAACAAUCCAUAGUAUCUUGAUGUGAUAAUGCUUAUUACGGCCCAUUUGGCUCUAUUUUGAUUGCGAUGUAUUUUCCCUACCACUCCUUUUGCUGUUUGAAAGCAACAGUAUUUUUUUUUGCAUAUUUCAUAAUAAUAAGGUGGUGCUUCAACAACAAAAAGGCGACAAGUCCAUUUUAGGGGUCAAAGUUAUUUAAAAUAACGAUUUUUAUUACAUCCAAUGGACGACGAAUUAGCCUACAAGAUUAUUGUGCUUGGGAGUGUAAGUGUAGGCAAAAGCAACAUCACAUGUCGGUUCUGCGAUAAUAAGUUUUACUCUGACAUAGUCCCCACUCUAGGCAUGGACUUCAAAUACACAUCCUGCGAGACGUUAGAGACGAAACCACGCUCGGUAAGACUUCAAAUAUGGGAUACCUCCGGACAAGAUCAGUUUGUAACCCUCACAACGGCUUUCUAUCGCAAUUGCCAGGGCGCUAUGAUGUGUUUCGACCUCUCCAAUCGCACCUCCUUCGACGACCUCGACACCUGGUAUAAUCUGCUCGAGCAAAACUGUGCCAAGCUACCGCUUUUGAUUCUCGUAGGCUGCAAGCUGGACCUCGUGCAGAGCAAAUUAGGCGACCAACAGCAGGGCCUUGUGCUAGGCAGCAAUCGGCAGGUCAGCAAGAGCGAGGGCGAUGCGUGGGCGCGGUCGCACAAUUGUCUGUGCUACAUCGAAACGAGCGCGAAGGAGAACACCAACGUGACACAGGCCUUUCAACAACUAGUCACCUUCAUGGCGAAGGACAGCAAAUUGUGCCAAAAGAACACAUCCCGCAACCUGAGUGGCGGGGGAGGGAUGUGUCUGAAGCAAGACAAAGGGUCCAAGGAAGGGCGUGGAUCUGAAAAGAAAAGCUGUUGCAAUUAAGAACGGGGACCUCUUCCAUACAGUAUUAGAGGAAAAGGUGGUGGGGAAAAGUGUGAAGGGUGUUUAGUGGAAUCAAUUGCUUCGAUUGUUCUAAUUUAUAAGCGCGGACAAUCAAGAUAGGCUUUACAAAGUUCAAAUGAAAUGCAAUAUUUACGCAUGUAUAACUAUUUUACUCCGUUGAUAGUGCCAUCUUUCAUUCAAAAGAGGGUAAAUAUAUUUUCCUUUACAUUGUGUUGAAUUGUUUGAUAUAUGAGUGAUAUAUGGGAAAAAAAGGUUUGCAGAAAUAAGCAUCAGAUAUUCAUCCUUAGCGGCUUCCACUGCUUGUUCAGUUAACCCUUCCUUUGA